AUGAAUCUGAACUACACAUCCCCAGUGCCUCAGAUGCCAGCCCAGAGGUCAACGUCGUUCUUCAUCGAAGAUAUUUUACUACACAAACCCAAGCCCCUGAGAGAGGUCUUCCACUCGCCGUUCUCAAGCUCUCUGGCGUCCCGAAUGCCUCUCCUAGAAUAUGGAUACCCACUGAUGCCCACUCCGAUACUAGCGCAUCACCCGCACCAUCCUCUACAAAAGCUGGACCAUCACCAGUAUUUCUUUACGUCUGGUAAGUCAAGGAAGGCACUGGACUGGUAAAUGCAUUCAUGAUGCUAAGGCAGUCAGAGAGUGCAAUGACAGUUAAGACAUUAACGUUGACAUUCCAUUAGGCCUAUAAUGAUUUAAUAAUGUUGUUGCAUGUAUAAUUUCAAUUUUAGUAGCCUAUUAAACCUAAUAGCAUGACAAAACGAUGGAAUUGUCUCGGGCGUUUUACAACAGGUGCAUGGGCCUUUUCGCGAGUAAACGUUGGUGGAAAAAACGUUUUCGAAUAAAUCCAACUCAAUCAAAACAAAAACAAUUUAUACUCCAUUAUAUAAUGGUGGGCUAAUUAUAACGAGGACUAAAGUAAUAUUCUAACUGUGUGAAGAAAUUGCAUGAAGUAAAACGCUUUAAAGGUUGAUUUAAAUAGGCGUAUUGAUUUGCACACAGGUCUAGAGUUUGACAUUUAAUUUAACUUAGAAAAUGUAUCUGUUAAUAUCAUUUUAAAUGUUGUGUUGAAUUCAAUUUUGAGUGCAAUAUUUAUUUCACAGGGAUGCAAAUGCCGGCUUUAUUUCAGCAUCAUCCAGAGAUACCGGGCAAGCAUUGCAGACGCAGGAAGGCGAGAACGGUUUUCUCGGAUUCUCAACUAUCUGGGCUGGAAAAGAGAUUUGAGAUACAACGGUACCUAUCCACGCCAGAACGAGUGGAGUUGGCAACAGCGUUAAGUCUCUCGGAAACCCAGGUAAGAAAACUAACAUCACACAAUCAACAUAGCCUUAGGGAUGCUCACAUUGUGCUGCAAAGCAAGUUUAUGAAAUAUUCCACCUUUGUCACACAGGUGAAAACAUGGUUUCAAAACAGAAGGAUGAAGCAUAAAAAGCAACUGAGGAAAACACAAGACGACCAGAAAAAUCCGAAUGAUUUAGAUAGAUCCAUGGAUAACGCAAGUGAGAGUGAACUCAACGAAAAGAAUACAGGUGACGUUAACAGUGGAAUCGACCCGGACUCAUACAUUUUAGAGGAAAAUGAGGAUGAUGUUGAUAUCGAGGAUGACAUAUGCUCGCCAAAACCUUCACUAUAG